AUGCAAUCUAUCGGACGGACUGCGCACCUGGUGAAUCUCGAUCCGGCCGCAGACCCGACAGAGUUCGAGUUUAGUAUUGACAUUAGGGAUCUUAUUUCUUUGCAAGAUGUCCAGGAAGAACUGCAUUUGGGACCCAACGGAGCGCUUCUCUAUUGUUUUGAGUUUCUUCUGGAUAAUCUGGACUGGCUCGACGAGCAGAUCGGCGACUAUAGCGACGAUUAUCUGAUUUUUGACUGUCCUGGCCAGAUCGAGCUGUAUAGCCAUGUUCCAGUUCUGCCAACCAUAACGAAGCAUCUGCAACAGCAGCUCGGGUUCAGUCUGUGUUGCACGUAUCUUUUGGAGGCGCCGUUCGUGAUAGACAACUCGAAGUUCUUCUCUGGAGCGUUGAGUGCAAUGUCUGCUAUGAUAUUCAUGGAGUUGCCACACAUUAAUAUUUUGUCGAAAACCGAUUUGAUCAGAGACACAGUGUCCAAGUCGAAGCUAAGGAAGUUCCUGAACCCAGAUCCGUUGAUUUUGGAACAGUCGAACGAACAGGAAGAAGGCUAUAUUGCCUCGAAUCCAAAAUACACCAGAUUGAACAAGGCUAUUGCUCAGCUGGUUGAUGAUUUCGGAAUGGUGCAAUUUCUGCCACUGGAUUGUUCAGACAAAGACAAGAACGACACUGUCAAGUCGAUUCUCAGUUACAUUGACGAUGUGACACAGUGGAGCGAGAACCAGGAGCCCAAAGAGCCUCAUGACGAGGUGGAAAUCCCAGAGGACGAUGUGGAUUGGGACUGA